ACAAUUUCGAAUCGGAACCGAACAAGCCGAAAUAGUCGGCCAAGGGAAUACUUUAUUUGGGGGGAUGCAAAAGAUAUAACUUUUUCUCUUAAAAUAACAAUUUCACUCAUCCUCUUGUGAUUACUCUCACUUCGAUCACGAGCAUCACAUAAAAAUCCAUUUGGAGAGAGAGUGUACCAUACAUAAUACAAUUUGAGCUGGCAAUUUACUCGAUUUUGUAUUCAUGUGAUCAAUUCAUCGAAAAAUUGCUACGCGACAUUAACAAUAACACAAUUGACUUUGUAUAUAACUUAAAACUUGAUGUAAAAACAUUUGCGAAACUUGAUCUAAAGAAAGAGUAAAGUUGAUAACAUUCAUUAUGUUAUAAAUGCAUCUUUUUCAUCACAUUCAUCAUUCGGCUCAAAAUUUUUUUUUUUAGUUGAAUCUUGGUUAUGUUGACUGUUUUUUCAUCUUUCGCAUUUGCAUUUUCUCACCAUCAUCAUCAUCAUCAUUUGUUUUAUUCAUCUAAUCAUCAUCAUCAUCACUAAUAACGGAUUUUGUUUCACCAAACCCUCAAUUAUGAUGAUGACAGAUGACUAUUAUCAUUUGUGAACAACUAAUGAACGUGAUGAUGGAAUAUUAUUCAUUUGGUCAUUAUCAAUUACUAAAAACAGCUAAUUUAUCAUUUCAUUGCUUUUAAUUUGAAAAAAUUUUCCAAGUGAUUUUUUUAUUCAUUUUUCUUUCCAUGUAAUAUAAUAAACAUGUCAUGUUAUCGAUUGAAUUGAUUUGUUUACACUUUGGAUAUUUUGAAUAAUAAUAAUGACAAACAACCAUAAAUCAUUGGGUGAUAAUAAUGAUGAUAGUAGUGAUGGCUGCGAUUCUGAUUCAUGUAAAAGACAUGGACAUCAUCAAUUACAGGUCGACAAUGAAAAUGAUGAUGAACAACAAAAGAAUUUGAUCAGAAUGAAAUUGAAAUCUAAAUCUUCGACUAACAUUGAUGAUGAUAAUAACUAUGAUAAUCUUGAUGAUCAGAUUCGUUCGGUUUGUUCACCGAUAAUAAUGACAAAUAAUCCUCCGUGUGGAAUACGUUUUCAAUUCAGAUUCAAUCAUCAAAGGCCACAGACAACGACCGGUAUCAACUAUAGUCGUCAAAAUUGUUCACGUUUGAAAAAGAUUCUCAUGUUUGGCCAUUAUCAUCAAGCACAUAAUUCUGCAGAAUUCAAGUCAAAUACUUUAAACAUCUGUGAUCAAUUAAUGGCCAAUAGUAAUGAUAAAGAUUCAGAAAUGAUAAUCCAACAGGUUGGUGAUUCAAUUUCCGAUAUUGAAUCUUUGGAAUCACUAAAUCUACAUGAUCAUCAGCUUAUUGACAAUUUUAUAUCACCUCAUCGAACGACCAAAUCCUAUUCAUCCCCUACUUCUCCCAAAAUAAUGAUUUCUGCUUGUCAUGUUUCAAAAAUUGAAGAUGAAAAUGUUGAACCUACCAAAUCUAUAGUUCGUGUUAUAAAACCCACAGCUCUUCAUCCAACCAUCCACUAUUAUCCACCAAGACCAUCUACCUCAGUUGGUGUACAUUCUGGUUUGAUAGAACCGUCCUCUUUCAUGGCCUCUACAUCAUCAUCAGCAAACUCAUCAUCGAAUUAUUCUUCAGCAUUUCAUCAAGUGUUAUCUCAUCAUCAACAAUCAUCCAAGUCAAAUUCAUUGAGUGAACCAUCAUUGGUGAUUGCAUCAAAUCCUUAUUCGAAUCCAAUUUCACUGGAAAAUAUUGAACAUGAAGGAACAAUUAAUCAUGACGUGAAAUCUAUUGGAAAAAGUCAUAAAUCUAUUCAAGAACCUAUUCAUAUGACACUGGAAGAAGUGCGAAGAAUAGCAUUUGGAUCGCCUGAAAGAAGACCAAUUAUGAAUUCUUCUCGUCGGAAAUCUGCCUUAGUCUCGACAUCAAAUGUUGGUCUCAAGUCUGGAACCAGUGGACUUCAAAAUGCUAAAACUAAGAUCAAAAAUUUUAUGGAUACUUUGUUGAACAAAACUACACCCUGUAUCAGCGGUGGUAAUUGUUCCAAUGAUUAUUCAUCAACCAAUGUCGAUACUGUUGGUCAGUCAAAAAAUAUCCGUAUGUCUUCGCCGAUUAUCACCAAUCAAAAUCGAUAUGAUAAUACUGCAAAUCCAAUGAAUCAUCAUACUAGAACUAGAAGACGACGACAUCCACGAACUCCACUUGAAACCAGAUCUGGGCUCGAAUUUCAACAACAGCUUUCGUCACCAUUCAUUCAACGAGCUUUACCUCCAGUUCCGGCAACGUUAUUCACUGAUCAUAAUAAUAAUAAUAGUAAUAAUAUCGAUAAUGAUAACGGAUCCAAUCAUAUAACCACUGCGAACAAUGAAGAUCAUUCUUUAAGAUAUAGAUCUUCACUUCAAUGUCAGAUUUCUCGGUCUCAAUUGAAAUCAAUGUCUGAAUAUGAACGUCAAAAAUAUUUAGACUAUGUGUCUAGCAUUGAACGUGUCAAAAAUUGUGGUUGGUAUUGGGGGCCUAUAUCCGGUGAGAUGGCUGAAAAAUUAUUAGAACCUGAACCAUGUGGCUCAUUCUUGGUACGUGAUUCGUCUGAUGAACAUUAUAUUUUUUCUUUGUCAUUCAAACUCGAUGAAAUGGUUCGCCAUGUUCGCAUUGAACAGGAACAAGGCAAUUUUAGUUUUGGCUCAUUGAAAAAGUUCCGGUCAUCGACAAUUGUCGAUUUUAUUGAGAGUGCUAUGGAACAUUCACGUAGUGGCCAAUUUUUAUUCUUUUUGCGUUUGGGUCCUGAACUAGGGCCAAUUCGUGUUCAACUUCUUUAUCCGGUGUCCAGAUUUAAACGCGUACAAUCAUUACAGCAUAUUUGUCGAUUUGUAAUUCUACAAUUCGUUCGACGAGAUCAAAUUCAUGAACUGGCACUUCCGAAAUAUCUUCGUCAAUAUUUGGAUACACCAUAUUAUUAUUCAGAAGAAUUGGCUAAAAUGCAACCUAAAACAGAAAGUGAUAUCGAUAAAGAAAAACGUUUGUUAGAUAUGAAGCGGAAACUCUUCUUACAAACAGAUUAUCAGACGUUAAUGUCAAAAAUGCUGAUAAAUCGAGUUAAUUUAGAGAAAAAAUUAUCGAUACAUUUACCGCUAAUUGAUCCAUUGGAUAAUGAUGAUUCAUCUGAUGAAGAUGUUGACACCAAAGAAAAUAAAUCCGAUUCCAUAGCCAUUAUCCAUGAUGAUGAUGACGAUGAUAACCACGAACAACAGUUGUUAUAACCAAUCAUUCGUUAAAAAAAUUAAAUUAUUUUUGAUUAACA